AUGGCCACCACUGCCACCCUUUCCACACAACAGCCAUCCGAAAAGCAACAAGAGCAAGCAGUGAGCAAAGACGCCUCCGCUCAAUUUGACCUCGGCAUAACCCUCAUCCUCAACUCCUGGCCAGCCCUCAACCUCGCCGUGCACAAUAACUGGGGCGGCCCCGCAUCCGGCGACAAGCGCGACUGGCUCUGCGGUGCUAUCUCAGACCUCUUUGUUGACCGGCCAGAGACCGAUGCGGAGGAUGUGGAGGAUGUCCUGAUACAAGUUAUGAAUGAUGAGUUUGAUGUUGUGGUUGAGGAUGAGAGUGCAGGGGAGGUAGCGAGGAGGAUUAUGGAGGUUAGAGCUGAGACAGGGAGGGGGGAGUUUGGGCGGGUGACGAGGAUGUGGGAGGAGUGGAAGGGGAAAAGAGGUGCGAGUGCGGAUGCGGAUGCGGAUGCGAGUAUUGGGGCUUUCAGGAAGGUGGAGGUGAAUGGGGAUGAAGAUGACGACGAUGACGACGAUGAUAUUGUGGAUUGGGCAGAUGAUGUUGAAAUGGAGGAUGCAUCAACGGCGCCAAUGGAGGUGUCGAAGAUUGAGCCUCCAAAGGAGACAAAGAAGGGAAUACAUGGGCAAUGGGAACGAGGGAAAUUCUUGCCUGAGCCUGUGGUUGAUGAGGAUGGGUUCACGAAGGUGGUUUCAAAGAGGCGGCGAUGA